GUAAAAAACAAAAAAUCCUUUCUCUCUCGCUUCUCUUCUUCUCUGCCCCUCCUUAACACUCUUCUCGCCGCCGUUCCUCUCUCUGCCUCUUGAGCCUCCGGAGCUGGUGAAAAAAAUCGUCUUUUCUAUCUCCUUUGAAGAUGGCGAGCAAUAUUAUCAUGUUCGAGGAUAUCUUCGUGGUCGAUAAGCUAGACCCUGAUGGCAAAAAGUUCGAUAAAGUUACGCGUGUUGAAGCAAGGAGCCACAACUUGGAAAUGUUUAUGCAUUUAGAUGUUAACACUGAGGUUUAUCCAUUGGCUGUUGGUGAUAAGUUCACGCUGGCUAUGGCUCCCACGCUUAAUCUCGAUGGAACUCCUGAUACCGGAUACUUUACUCCGGGAGCAAAGAAAACACUUGCAGAUAAGUAUGAAUACAUCAUGCACGGGAAGCUUUACAAGAUCUCUGAGCGUGACGGCAAAACUCCAAAAGCAGAGUUAUAUGUUUCGUUCGGGGGGCUCCUGAUGUUGCUUCAGGGAGAUCCAGCUCAUAUUUCUCACUUCGAACUUGACCAGAGGCUCUUUCUACUCAUGAGGAAGCUUUGAGAUGCCAUUGUCUAAUCACUUUCCGAGAAUAUUCGCAUAAAAACCGAAUUAACAGAGAGCUUUCUUAUAAAAGCUUUAUCUUAUGUUAAACUUUGCUAUUAUAAAUACUAUUUUCAUGAAGCAACUCUUGUACAUCCAAUAUUUAACUGUCCAAUUGAAUUAUGCUUGUAGCUCAGAGCUGUUGAUGAAUGAUGAUAACCACUUGAGGCCAAUAAGUUAUAAAACAAACAGAGACAAAAAAAUUGUUUCUUUUCUAACAACACUCUCACAUGUGUUUAGUAAUAUUCUCUCUUUGAACAAUAACACUAAGCCAAUAAAACAAAAAAGUCAGUUUCUGGCGUAGCAGGAAUUUUUCUUUGUGAUAGUGAAGUUUUUGGAGUUGUUGUUACUCAUGCUUGUAUCCAGACGCCUUCCCACUUCUCCCAACUGUAUGAGGCU